GAAUAUGUAUGCUGCAGCAUGACAUUAAUGCAGUAAAUCACUGCAUUAGAGUGAUGGGUGAAUCAUAGAAUCACUGCAGUGCAAAAAGAGACCAUUCAGCCCAUCAAGUUUGUGGUGUUUGGUGUACAGCAUAAUUUUACCUCAAUAAAUGCACUCCUGGUACUGGACCAGUUACAAACAAUGUCAGGGGAUAUUGGUUUGAAGACAAUAGUGCAAACGAGGCAAGUUGGAACACGAAUGAACUGCAAGCAGCAGCCAUGGGAUUGACCCCACUGUUGAGUGUCCUUUAUUUUGUUUCUUAAGAGUUGGCCACUGUGGUAUUUGAUGUAGUGUGUGAUCUGUUCAUUACACUGGCCAGUGAUUUACACUAAGUUACUGUGGUGGAACAAACUGAAGAUAUAUUUUGCUUAGAUGUGCUUGCCAACUUUUCACAUUGAAAGUUUGGUUGAGUUGGCUGUCUGCCUGUCUCCUAUGUUUUCCUCACAGUGGCCUAAGGGAAGACCUGCUGGCAUAUUUGUGGUCUUUUGUGAUGAGUGGGCACUGCAAUGUAUCUUAAGUUAUAGGCACCACAUUAAUUUGCUUGGGUAGGUUCGCUUUGCUUUUGUUGGGAAAUAUUUUAGAUCAAUACUGAGCUGCUUCCAGUUUGAUUGGACAGUAUCAGUGGUGUCCUUUAAAAGGUCUUCGGUGUUACCCUCAUUGGUUUAUUAAAAUAGGCCAGGACACCAGAUAUAGCUCUGGCUUGCAACUUCUCCCGGGAAUCAGGGGGAAAUGGCCUCCGAGGAGACCAGCUUCAAAGACAAGGAUCAUGCCGCUGACACUGUGCUUGAAGUUGGCCAGAGGCUGUUCCAUGUCAAUAGGCGGCUGCUGGCCUCGACCAGCGAGUAUUUCCGAGCCUUGUUCGGGGGUGGUACCAGGGAGAGCUCGCAGAAUCACAUCGUGUUGUGGGGCCUGGAUCCCGAGGUCUUCCAGCUGCUGCUGGGCUUUGCCGCUCGGGGCCGAGUGAGUGUGGACCGGCGCAAUGUGGAGGCUUUACUGGAGGCGGCCGAUUUCCUGCUCUUUGACCGGGUCAAGCUGCUGUGCGCCGCUUUCCUGCAGCGGGAGCUCAGGGUGGGGAACUGCGCGGGGGCCUUGGCCUUGGCUCAGCGCCUGGCCUGCCCCGGGCUAGCAGCGGCCGCCCGCGGGGUGGCCCUCACCCACCUGGCCGCCUUCAUGACCGAGGAGGAAGAGUUCCUGCAGCUUCCGAAAGAGGUUUUGGCCGAGCUUUUGGCCAGUGACCACCUGUACGUGGCCAAAGAAGACCAGGUAUUUGAAGCCGUGAUGAAGUGGGUGUGUCACCACAACAGCAGGGAAGGUCAUUUUCUGGAGCUGCUGGCCUUGGUCAGGGCCCCCUUCCUGACCCUGUCUUUCCUCGAUCUGGUGGUAAAACGCUCCAAGUGCGGCUUGCAGGCUGACCCUCACAGCAGACUCCUGAGAAUAUUAAAUCACAGCCUUCCCCAGAAUUGGACCAUGGGCCAGUCCCAGACCAGCAGGACUUAUGAGACCAUGUAUGUUCUGGGGGGCAAACAUGAGCAAGAACAGCAGGAACUAUUUCAGUUUCAUCCUCAAACGAGCACUUGGCAAGCCUGCUCUCCUCUCCGACGCAGAAACCUCACCCAAUAUGCCGUAGCAACAGUAGGGAAUUUCAUCUUUGUGACAGGCGGAUACUUUCGAGAAAGUGUGGUGUGGUACUGUGUGGACUGGGUGCUGGUUUAUAACUAUUGUGAAGACAGUUGGAUGGAAGGACCGUCAAUGAAGCAAUCUCGCAACUGGCAUUGUGCAGUCGGUGUUGGGAUGUACCUGUAUGUACUAGGAGGGAGCACUGAUGAGGCGGUCAUCGCUGAUGUUGAGCGUCUUCCAUUGAUGGCGACAGAGUGGGAAAAAACAGCGCCCAUGAUGCGGUCCGUGGAGAGGGCUGCAGUGGUCAGUGCUGGCACCAAUAUAUAUGUUUUGUGUGGACUGGAUGAAAAUGGUGACGUUUACAGUGGGGUGCAGCAUCUGAAUGUGGACAAUGAUGUUUGGGACAUGAUCUCCUUCUCCCCUCUUCCUCGAUAUGAUCUCUGUGCCACCAUUCUGAACGGUGCAGUGUACGUUGUGGGAGGUCAAACAUUCCGUCUGGACAUAGACACUGACGAAUGGACUCCAGUUGACGAGGAAUGCUUCAAUGAAAAGUUUUUCAGCGGUUGCACAACUGUUAAUGGAAGGAUCUUUGUCCUUGGCGAGAGGAGGGGGAACACGUCCAUCCCAAACAUGAUUCUCUUUGACCCCUAUACAGAAACAUGUCAGGUAGUGGAUGCAACUGUGCCCUGCCCACUCCCUAUUCGAGGCUGUGUGUCUAUCCGAAAGUUCAAUGUGAGAUCUGGAAUUUAAUCAGAUACAGUUUAAGAGAAUGAGUCACUUGUGUUGCUGCCCCUGUAUCUGCCACCCUUUUGAGAGUAGCAUCAGGAUUAGGGAAUCAAGGUGCCAGCUUUCCCAGCUAAGGAGAGACUGCAAUCACAAUUGCUUUCUGGUUACCCUGGACAAAAUCUGGAAUCAUAAUUGCCACCUCAUCAAAUGUCCUAUUGAAAGAUAGCCUGAGACUCAUCACCUAGGUAAACCAUCAGUGCAUUAAUGUGAAUCUCUGACUCACAGCCAGUCCUUUUGUGGCUAUUAAUCUGGUCUCCUUGACUGAGCUAAAUGUCUUUUUUUCUCCCACAUUUAGGCUUUUCUUGUUUCCAGACUUAAUUAUUAUCACCCUAUAUAAACCCUAGCACAACCUCAACUGGAUGUAGGUUUGCUCGCUGAGCUGGAAGGUUCAUUUUCAGAUGUUUCAUCACCAUACAAGGUAACAUCUUCAGUGGGCCCCCCCGAUUAAUCAUUGGUGGUAUAGCCUGCUUUCUGUUUAUGUGUUGGUCAUGGCAUUUUCUAUGAUUAUGUCAUUUUCUGUUCUUUUUCUCAGCGGGUGGUAAAUG